AUGAUGCAAGCCAAGAAGAUCAAAUACGACGUCAUAGGACUGAUCAAGACGAGACGACGUCACCCUCUCUACGCCGUAUAUGAGACUGGAGAAGAAUUGUUCUUAGGAACAUGCGACAGUAGAGGUGUUGGCGGAGUUGGCGUCCUCCUCAACACGAAUGAGAACAUGUGGUCCAACACCAGCUUGACUAUCUUCGUCGCUUACGCUCCAACAUCAAGCUACGAAGAAGAAGAAGUUGAAGCUUUCUAUAUGGACCUGGAAAAGUUCUACCGAGAAGAUCAUGCCUUCUACAAGGUCAUAAUUGGCGAUUUCAACACCAAAGUUAGCCCAAGAAGAAAACCUGAGGAACUUCACAUCGGGACCCACGGCUUACAAUGGAAUGACCAGGGGGAGAGGCUCUCCGAGUUCAUCAUGACGACUAAGACCAUCCAUGGGAACUCGCAAUUCCAGAAUCCCUCCUCUCUACGCUGGACGUGGGAGUCACGCGGUGGAGGGUUCCGUAAUGAAAUAGACCACGUCAUCGUCAAUAAAAGAUUCUGCCUGACGGACGUCGCUGUUGUGCCAAAGUUCUAUACGAGAUUGGACAACAUCGACGAGGAAUAUAACUGGCUCGUUGAACACCUUCACAACUGCGCGAAGAAGGCUGAGAGUUUUAAAACCACCAAGAGACGCCUGUCUCUUGAAACUCUUGAGCUGAUACACCAGCGUGGAGCAGCACGAGCCGCAGGGAACCAAGAACUCACGUGCGAGCUCGCGAGGCUUUGCAGAGAGGCGAUAACGGAAGACCUUAAAGAGAGAAGAGCAGAAGUGCUGGCGGCUGAAACUGCAGAGGCGGGGAAAAGCAUCCGCUAUGCCCGUCGAGACUUCGCCAGUCGCAAGACGAGGAUGACUGCUCUCCGGAACCCAAAGGGAACAGCCAUUGCAUCGAGAAGGGGGAUGGAGAAAAUCAUCUACGACUUCUACUCUGAUCUCUUCGACAGCCAUGUCCACUUGCCUCCUCACCAUCUGAGGGAAGAUGGACAAGUCAUUCCAGAGGUUCUCCCGUCCGAAAUACGACAUGCUAUAAUGUCGGUAAGAAAUCGUACGGCACCCGGCAGAUUAUUUUCCGACAGAAUAAGACCAGAACACCUGAAGAGCCUUCCGCCAGUACUCAUCAACACCCUGGCGAGGCUCUUUACACGUUAUCUGUCGGAAUGCAAGGUUCCUAAACAGUGGAAGACCAGCAAGACCGUGUUGUUGUAUAAAAAGGGAGAUCCACAUGACAUCGGCAACUAUCGCCCAAUCUGCCUACUGUCCGUCAUCUACAAGCUCUUUACAAGAGUAAUCCUUAAUAGGAUUGAAAGAGUCUUGGAUGAAGGACAGCCAUGCGAGCAAGCAGGGUUUCGAAAAGGAUUCAGCACGAUUGACCACAUUCACACUGUUUCGAAACUCAUCGAGGUAUCACGAGAGUACAAGAUGCCGCUCUGUCUCACCUUCAUCGACUUAAAGAAGGUUUUCGACUCGGUUGAGACGGAAGCCUUGGACAACCAAGGCGUCCCUACUCAGUACAUAAAGGUACUUAGAUAG